ACGAGCCGCUCGCGUCCAGUGGACAGUGUUCAGUUCAGGGUGGAAUUCAAAACGGCACGUUUAUAAAUGCCAUAACCGAGCGGUCACCUAUUUAAUAUACCGCUGCAGUAGACAUUUUUUUUUCUUUCUUUCUUUUUUUCUUUUUCUUUUUAUAUUUUUUUUUAAUAAUUUUUGCCCGAAUGUGGAGUUAGCAGAAGGCUGUGCUGCAAUAGCUUGAUAUCGAACAGCAUGAUGUGCGUCUUAAGAAGAGUUGCAAAGCAAUGAUGUCAUAGUUUUAAGUAGGAGCCAUGGGAGAGCAUAUGGUUCGUACCCGCCACCGAAAGGAAGUGUUGCUUUGUUAUGAGCAGGCGGCGCUGUAGCUGGCGGAAGAGGAGGUCGCCCAGCCCAGUGUCUCUUCGACUGGAAUAGAGAACCCGAGGAGAAGACGCGAAAACGGUGAGAAGACAAAGCUGCUACAAUGGCCGCGAAAUCCGACGGGGUGCUAAAGAUGAAGAAGAGCGAUGUAGCAUUUACGCCUUUGCAGAAUUCGGAUCACUCGGGAUCGGUUCAAGGGCUAGCUCCGGGAUCGCAGCCGGAUUCUGGAACCGGAGAGGCGGACUUCGUCAACGGGGAGUCGCGGUGCUGUGGCUCAAAUUCGACCUGUCUCCGCCUCGACAGGGAGCAGCAGAAAUACAUGGUCUGGGACUGUCUGUGGAUCCUCGCCGCAGUGACGGUGUAUUUCGCAGAUGUGGGCACUGAUAUUUGGCUUUCGGUCGACUAUUACCUCCGCCGCGACUACUGGUGGUUCGGGCUUACGCUGUUUUUUGUGGUGCUCGGCUCGUUCUCCGUGCAGGUCUUCAGUUUCCGUUGGUUCGUCCAUGAUUUCAGCACCGAGGAGAGCUCCGGCGGCGGUGGCGACGGCAGCUCGGCGAACUGCUCCCACAUGGACGGGAAGCUGCUCAGCUGCUCCGCUUCGCACGGAGACGUUGGAGCCCACCCGACUACGCCUCAAAGACAGGCGUCCACAGCGAGCAAGAGCAACACCACAAGUAACAGCAGCAACAGCGCUACCGCAGCCCGGACUAGUAAGACACGCUCAGCGUCCUGUUCCCUCUGUAUCUGGAUAUUGCAGUCCGUCAUUCACAUCUUACAGCUCGGACAAAUCUGGAGGUACUUACACACCAUCUACCUGGGCAUCAGGAGCAGGCAGAGCGGAGAGAAUGACCGCUGGAGGUUCUAUUGGAGGAUGGUGUACGAGUAUGCUGACGUCAGCAUGCUCCACUUAUUGGCCACGUUCCUGGAGAGCGCACCUCAGCUGGUGCUCCAGCUCUGUAUCAUCAUACAGACUCACAAACUCCAGGCUGUGCAAGGGAUUACAGCAGCUGCUUCUCUGGUGUCACUGGCCUGGGCUCUGGCCUCCUACCAGAAAGCCUUGCGUGAUUCCCGCGAUGACAAGAAGCCCAUCAGCUACCUUGCUGUCAUCAUCCAGUUCUGUUGGCACUUCUUCACCAUCGCUGCUCGCGUAGUGACCUUCGCUCUCUUCGCCUCAGUAUUCCAACUCUACUUCGGCAUCUUCAUCGUGCUGCACUGGUGCAUCAUGACCUUCUGGAUCGUACACUGCGAGACCGAAUUCUGCAUCACCAAGUGGGAGGAGAUCGUCUUUGACAUGGUGGUGGGAAUCAUUUACAUCUUCAGCUGGUUCAACGUGAAGGAGGGACGCACCCGCUACCGUCUCUUCAUCUACUACUUCAUGAUCCUGUUGGAGAACACAGCCCUGAGCACAUUGUGGUACCUGUACCGCUCACCCCCCAGCACAGAUGCAUUUGCCGUGCCUGCCCUGUGUGUGAUCUUCUCUAGCUUCUUCACUGGUAUUGUUUUCAUGCUCAUGUACUAUGCUUUCUUCCAUCCUAACGGGCCACGCUUUGGCCGUUCGGCCAGCCUGGUCCAGCUCGAGGACCCUACCGCUAACUUCACACUUCCCCCUGAGGGUGCCACCAACUCCCUGCGCUCCAACCGUGGAGGCACGCUGGCCAGGGACGCUGACCGCGAGGCCAAGUACAGCGAGCGGGACGGUUGUGUGCCCAUCUUUCAGGUGCGGCCCACCGCACCCUCUACUCCUUCCUCCCGUGCCCCACGCCUGGAGGAGACGGUUAUCAAAAUAGACUUGUGCAGGAACCGCUACCCUGCCUGGGAGAGGCACGUACUGGACAGGAGUUUACGUAAGGCCAUCCUGGCCAUCGACUCAUCUCCGACCCCCCCACGCCUCCAAUAUAAAGACGACACAUUGAUUCAAGAGCGUCUGGAGUACGAGACCACCUUGUAGCCUGCGCUGUGGAAACACACAAACAUGAACACAUUACUGUCCUCUUGAAUAAACAGCAGGACUGUGGCAAUAACGUUCCUUGCAUACAUAGCAUCUAGCCAUGAUGUUGAUUGUCAUGGACAAACAUAGGCACAACAUAUUUGUGGACCAAUGAAAUAAUCUUUUUUAAACUGUUCUCUCGUUGCUUUUUAUUUUUUAUUACUUCCGUCAUGGCAGGGAAUAUCUGGGAUUCUAAAAGUCAUUGCACUGGCUGAUAUUGACCACAAACCCCUCGGUCCUCCUGAGUGUUGUACAGACCUUCAUUCCCAGAGUUGAUCGUUCUCAAGCCAACGUCUCCAAACUGCAAGAGGACAUCCAGAACACUUUAUAACUUGUCUCUUGCAGCAAAUGCAAAACAAAGGCCUUUCCCUUUGAAACCAAGCAUCUAGUGCACACAAACGGCAUUUAAACAAACAGACUACCCAUCGCACUGGAGAAACAGUGGUCCAAAUAUCACAUCGAUGGUACACAAAUAAAAGAGUCUGCUGAUUAGCCUCGAGACGUCCUUGUUUAGGGUGCUGUAACCUAUUAGUAGUGUUUCAUCAGCUGUUCUGUUCCAGUGCCAAAUGCUUUGCUCACACUGACUCCACGCUGAACUGUGGCUCGUCCACAAACUGUAUAUAUAAACAGGGCAGCAUUUCAACCAUCUACUUGAAUCCUGUACAAAGAAAAAAGAUAAGAAAAGAAAGUAUGCGACCAUCACAAGAGUCCAAGACACUUGGGAUGACAAAACAGGGAGAACAUACACUUGUUUUCUUGUUCAAGAGAAGACAGUAGGCCAAGAACACACUUCCUGGCAGCUCCCUUUGGCGAUCCGGCCUCAUUCACCUCACCCCUGUGGGCUGACAAGGAUCCGUUUGGUUCACAGCAGAGUGACCAUCACAGUUCACACAGUGUCCGCCAAACUGUACCUGACAGAACCUGGAUGCGCUUCAUCUUCCAGGGUUAAAGAUACAGUGUUCUUCUAGGCUCUAGGUCAGGUUUUUGGUGUGUCUGUGUUUUGUGUGCUGUAUCGGUACAGUAAAAUGAGUUAAAGGCACACAUAGACAAUAAACAGGGUCAAUUUUCAGCCUCUCAACACAUCCAGACAGCCGGCGAAGUGUACUAUUCCAAACUCUGCAGUGCAGUCAAGACCCACUCUAUGAGACUCUUCAAAUGCCAACUCACAGUCUACAAAUCAAAAGUGUCAGGGAUAAGUAGUCUGCGACAAAGUCCAAGACUUGCUAAUGGGCUCCGAAUGACGUUCCGGGCCCCAUGGUUCAACAAAUCACAUCUGCCUAAAAGAGCACUGUAUCUUUAAAUCAGCCAAGAGCAUCCGUUAUAUAUGAAAGUUUUGGAGAUUUACAUUUUCCGUUCAGUUGCAAGUGCUUCUUUGUGUCUUUAUGUUGAAUAUUCAAAGGCAUUUAUGGAGACAUGGAAGUGAGAGCAGAAAAAUACAAAAAAAUCAUAGAAAACAAGCACAAACUUGUUACAGGAAAGAGUCUCAGAUUUCUCUGGUUGUUGUUACACUAGCAUUGAGAGACAAGGUGUAAUUUUACUGCGACAAAAGCUAGAUGUGCCUAUAGUUUGCGAUUUUGAAAGUGUGGGAAAAAUGUUUUACGUGUAACAUUUUUUUAUGCUCUAUUUUCUUUCUAUUUAUUAUUUUUUUUUUUUCAUGUGUCUUACAAAAUGGCUGAUCUUAAGGUGCACAUUAUUUUGCUAAAUGCCAUUUAAGUGUUUGGAGAUGACUGAUAUAGGACAGUUCGAUUGGUUUUGCUUCAGUUUGUCAUAUCUGAACUGUAAUUUGGGUUUUAUUGUAGUUUCAAAACACUCCUGAGGUUUUGUAAUGUCCUACCAUUGGUGACAAGUGAACUGAAAGCAUAGAUGUUUUAGCCUGCAGCGAUCUGCACACAUGCAGACGAAGAUCCUAAUUGUGUUGCAACUAAAAAAAUAAAAAAUAAAAUAAAAUAGAACACAUACAAAAAAGAUUUAGAUGAGAUCAUACAGUAUGAAUCUAUAAUUAGUACCACAGUGAAACAUAGACCUGUAUAUUUGAGCUAUUUUGCUACUAUCCUAUCUCGUCAGCAUUUUUCCCAAGCGAGUCUUAUACUUUCAUGUCUCUGUGUGAUGGAUGAUGAUGAUACUUUGUCUAUUUGGCAAAAUUUUCCAAACAGCCCACUAAAAGAGUCCCCUGUAGUCAGAGCACAAAAAAAAAAACUUGUGUUAGCACACCAAUUAGGCAAUUUUCAGAUUGAAAUUGCCGCACCACCUACACAAGACCAUUUUUGAAGGAAGAUGAAUGACGUAUCGCACACCUCUGCGAUAUUGCAUAUCCAUCAUUUUUCAAACGCGACCUACUUUUUUUUUUUUUUAGCUUUCCCAUAAAUACCGUAGUAUAUUUGUUUCAGUGAUACACCAAGCACACUGCACAGAUUAAGAGGAACAACCUAUAACACCGGCUGUCAGUGAGUUUUGGUGACAUUCUUUAUUCAGCCAUUUAUCAAUUGCGAGGCCUCAGUUUUUACAUGUUGAAAUAUGACAUGAAUUUAAAACACUCAAUGCAAUGUGAUGCGUUCAGCACAUGCAGAAUGAAUCAAGGUCUUUACACAAAAGGCUGUGCUAAUGUUUGGAGGUGCUGAAUAGCCUGUUUUGAUGCCAUAUUCCCCACACAUGCCAGAUUAUUAAUUAAAUACUAUUAAAGUCAAAAUGAUUGGAGGGGUCCUGCAUAGGUCACAACACAAGAAAGAAGUAUGAUCAGUUGAUCAGUUCAAGUAUGACAUUUUAAUUAAAAAUUGCAAGGUCAGAAUUGCGUACGUAGUUCUUCGUCUUAACGUGGUGACGGAAGACCAACAGUGAUAGCAUUUAAGCUAAUCAUAACGUUAAAGCUAAACUAUAUAUCUUUGUCUUGCACUUUUCUAUCUGGGUUUUAUCAAUAAACCUAGAGAUAUCACAGUCAACCAUUUAUUCGCUCUGGAAAAACUGAAUUCAUACCUGUAACCUACCUCAAAGCUGUAUUUUAAACAGACCACUCUCCAGCUCUAGUAGUUGAUGUGGCUGAUAGGAAGGGAUUUAUUGAGAUGGAGGAGUCCCGGUGGAUGAGCGGAGGAGUUGGAGGCUGUUCUGUUUAUUACUGUUACAUCAGUAGAGCCGAGUUCAAAAGCUGGACUUCUUUUACAACAAUUCAAAGCAAGGGAACAUUCAAUUCAUGGAAGCCGAUUCGGUUUUAUUUGCCUUAAUUGACGCUCGCCAUUUUGCGGAUUCAUUAUUCGUAAAUGGCAUUUUCUGUUAGUUUCUUUUGGUUUAGUUGCUGUCAUGCUAGUAUGACGAAGUUGCAUUAUUGAUUAGCAUACUGUGCUUACACUGCAAGCGGACACAAAGAAAGCAGACUGAAAUGAAACUGCAUAUGCAGGUAAACAAUCAAAUUGACGACCCAGACAGUCAGGGGUCAAGGGCCGUGCUGUUACAAGAUUGAGAGCAUUUUGAUUCAGUUAGCAAACACCGAAUGACUCGGAGAGCUGAAAUGAACAGUGACAUUAUUCUUAUUAUUAUUCACCUGAGAAGCUUUCUUUUGUUGAAUAAACAAAUUGAUGAUAGUCCCUCACACAUAGACAUAGAUACUUAGAUAAACUAGAAUGCCAUAGAUUGGGGUGGGGGUGGGGGGUUACAUUUAGAUAAACGAUAAUCGGUGGUUAUUUAUAAAGCACGACAUUAGUACAAGCACAGUAAUUGAAUGAACUCGGUGCCGUUCGGAAAUGAUGUACAGACUUUACUGGUAUUUCAGUUACAACGGAAGUUCCAUGGUGACUUGCAAAAGGCUAUUUAACUGUAAAUAAAUGUAUGCAAAUGUACAUGUGUAAAAGAACAUUCCUUUCUGAGUCCUGGUCGUGAAAGGUGUCUAUUGACUAGAGAUCGACAGUUAUAUAUUACAUAAUAGAGAUAAAAACUAGUGUGGUGUAUGUGAUGUAUUAAAUGACAUAAAAAAAAGCAAAAAAAAAAAAAAAAACGUUAUUAUCGGUCUCUUAAGUCAGUUGUAUUGUGUGAUGAAAGUCUGAAGUGCGUAAAAUGCAUCAAAUCUGUUAUCUGAUUUCAUUGUAAAUUGAGGAGUAAAAACAAAAAAUUACAUUUUUGUACAUAUUGGAUUUUUGUAAAUUUUUAUUUGAUUCUAAUGCAACACAAAGUACCAAAUUCAUUUAAUAAAGUACACUGUGGUCAUUUUGUUAGACUUACUUGCAAUCUUCUUUCGGAUUCGCAGUUGAUGUGUGAAUAAGUUGAAUUUUUAGAAUGUCUAACUAUUUCAAGAUUGGGAAAAAAAGCACCUGAUGAGCAAUGCUGCUUUUUCAGAACCAGUCUGUCACAAAUGCAAGGCUUCGUGAUUAGUCUGUCUGAAUAUGUCUUCUCACACCUCGUAUGAAGGUUUUACACCUUAAUAAGAAGAGACUCCUGGAGAGGCUGAAAGAAAAUUAGGAGCACGUGUAUAAUGCAACGAGAGAUCAUGAAUAAUAAAGAUUUUCUUCCAAAAAAUAUUUUUUAUUUAUUUUUUUUCAACAAGUGAUUUUUUUUUGGGGGGGGGGGGGUUACAAUGGUUGCACAAAUGCUGUAAGUUAAUACCAAACAGAUUUAUAAAUAGCAACACUGGUGCAUUUGUAUAUCAUACACCGAACGCACCAAAUGUGCACGGAGAUCACGGGACAGGGUGAUUAAGACUGCGCUCAUGCUGACAUUUGAUCUUUGUCACACACAAGACAUCGUCUCCCAGAGGAUCAUGGGAGAGUGGUUUAUUAAGCACAAGAGUGCAUUAAAACUGUUUUACCAACACUGAAUCCACAGGAAUAUUCAGUUGUCUUGUGAAUAACAAAAUCUUUUAUAAAAUCAAACAUUAACAGCCAUUAUUUCCACACCGGUCAAAUAUAUUAUAAAUUAUUUAUUAAUCAACUUAUAAUAUAUAACAGCUUUUAUGUAAUGAACUCAUAAAUCAAUACAUUUCAGGAAUGUUACAAAAUCUUAAUCAAUCCUGAAAAACCUGUAUGCUUUGUUGUCUGAAUAACAUCAUAAGCAAUUGCCUUUUUUAUUUUUAUUUUUUAAUCAUCAGAAUAUUAUAAUAAGCUCUGAGAGUGGGACAAACCUAUAUCAACUGAUGCUUAAAUAGAUAGCAGUUCACCUAAAGUAAAAGUAAAAAAGUAAAACUGUAAAUAUUGAUCAACAUCCAACAAGAAAUGUUCAAGCAUGUAUCGCUCAUCAUUAUUAUUAAGUGUGCUUACAAAAUCCCAAAAAUCACAUCAUGCACAAUUUUCCUUCAGGUAGAUAAAUAUUAUCGAUUUCCAGGACAGAAUGUUAUAUUUUUAAAAGGACAUAAAAAAAAAAAGAAAA